AUGGGCGCGCACGCAUCCUUGCUUGUGCGCCUGUUGCUUCUGCUGGGUUUGACCGUAGUUGCGCAUGUGGGAGCCGCCGACGUCGUUUCCUCGUCGGACGCUCUUUUGAGGUUCAAAAAGGGCCUUAUCAACGUCGGUUCUCAGCUCGAUAGCUGGAAAAACGAUGGAACAAUCGGAAACAAUCCAUGUUCAUACUCCUCCGGUAACUUGAAAACGCGAACGGUCGCUAGCUGGAAAGGAAUCCUUUGUUACAUGGGAAACGUUUGGGGAUUGCAACUUCAAAACAUGGGUUUGUCGGGAAAAAUAGAUAUGGAUUCUCUCGUUUUGUUGCCUCGUUUACGAACAAUCAGGCUCGAUAACAACAGUUUUGACGGACCCUUACCUCAAUUUGGAAGGCUUGGAGCGUUGAAAUCUUUGUUUGUCGGUAGUAAUAAAUUUUCGGGUCAAAUACCUGAUAAUGCAUUUGCGGGUAUGGGUUCAAUGAAAAAGCUGGUGCUGUCGGACAAUAACUUUGAUGGGCCGGUUCCAUCUUCGAUCAUACAGUUGCCAAGAUUAACAGAGCUGAGGAUUGAAGGGAAUAAAUUUUCAGGUAUGAUACCUAAUUUGCAGCAGAAGGGUAUUCAGAAUGUAAAUGUAUCUAACAACAAUUUGGAGGGCCCUAUUCCUUCUUCUCUCGCUUUCUUGGAUCUCACUUCCUUUACAGGGAACAAGGGUUUAUGUGGUAAGCCAACGGACACAAUAUGCGAUGUCAAUGUUCCAGAAGACAAAAACCGUAGUUCACCGUGGAAGGUGGUUAUGAUAGUGAUAUUCAGUGUCUUGGCAUUAGCGGCUCUAUUCCUACUCAUCCUUCUUUUAUGCCGAAAGAAUAAUGACCGCACCCCACAGUUAGGCUACGUGGAUUCCUCAACCUACGAGAGAAAGAGAAGCGGUAGAGCAAGCAGCACGGUUGGGGUGGUCGGGUAUUCAGAUUCCAAUUCUCAAUAUAGCCAAUCCGGGAUGAAUAGCAAAGGUGGAAGGGGCGGUGCGGCUAGUAGCAAAAAGGCGGAGCAAGCGGGGAAGUUGUCAUUCCUCAAGGACGAUAGGACGAAGUUUGACUUGCAAGAUUUGCUUAGAGCUUCGGCCGAGGUGUUGGGAAGUGGCAACUUUGGUUCUUCGUAUAAAGCCUUGUUGAUGGACGGGCAGGCAGUGGUGGUGAAGAGGUGCAAGCAAAUGAAUAGCAUUGGAAGAGAAGAGUUUAACGAGCACAUGAGAAGGAUCGGAAGGCUUCAACAUCCCAAUUUGCUUCCACUCGUCGCUUAUUAUUAUCGAAAGGAAGAGAAACUCCUCGUCUUUGAUUAUGUCCAGAAUGGAAGCGUCGCCCGCCAUCUUUACGGGAAUCAUAAUGAAGAGCAACCCGGGCUUAAUUGGCCAGCUCGGUUGAAGAUCGUGAAAGGUAUAACCAAAGGACUGGCUUACCUACACGCUGAGCUACCGAGCUUGCCUGUCCCUCACGGCCAUCUCAAGUCAUCGAAUGUUCUCCUUAACGACUCUUUCCAACCGAUGCUCAUGGAUUACGCUCUUGUACCCGUGGUUAACUCAGAUCAAGCUCAACACCUCUUGGUGGCCUACAAGUCACCCGAGUACGCCCAACAUGGCCGCACUGGAAAGCAAACCGACGUAUGGAGCCUAGGGAUACUAAUACUCGAGAUACUAACGGGGAAGAUGCCCGCAAACAACCUAGCACAAGGAAAGACGGUAAACCACCAUGCGGAGUUGACGAAUUGGGUGAGCUCGAUAGUUAGGCAAGCCGAGGAUCAAUCCUCGACGAGCAAUGUGUUUGAUCCGGACAUGAAAGGGAAGGAGGGUGCGGAGGGAGAGAUGUUGAAGCUUUUGAUGAUAGGAGCUAGUUGUUGCGAGGAGGAUGUGGUUAACAGGUGGGAAUUGAAGGAUGCUAUGCAAAAGAUUGAAGAGAUCAAAGAAAGAGAUGGACGUUAGAACUUAUUUCAACAUUUUCAAAAAUUGAUCAAUAAUUUCCAGAUUGUUUAAUUAACUUUGGGAAGAAAUAUACAAAUUAAAGGAAUUUGUUUGUUAAUUGAAUGGAAUUCAUUAUUCAUGCAUCACUGUCAUUU